AUGGAGUUCAUAAGUUCAAUGCAAGAGAGUCAAAUCCCGCAACAUUGUAUUAUGGAUUAUGUAUCAGAAAUGCACGGUGGUCCUGAGAGUGUGCCUGUAACAGCACAGGACAUGUAUAACCUGAAAAAGGCAAAGCAACGAGAAAGAAAUGCAAAUGAUGUGGCAAAGCUACUAUCCUUUUUUGCAUCCUGCAAAAAGGAUAAUCCACAAUUUUUCUCUGACUUCCAAUUGGAUAAAGAAGGCAAGAUUUUAAGCAUAUUUUGGUCACAUGCAAGCCAGCAAGGGGAUUACAUUGAUUUUGGUGAUGCGGUUACAUUUGACACAACACAUAAGACUAAUCUGUAUGAAAAACCACUAGGUAUGUUUGUUGGUUCAAAUCACCACCUACAUUGCACGAUAUUUGCUUUCGCAUUGUUGGGGGAUGAAACUGUUGAUACAUUUGAAUGGGUAUUCAACGCCUUCAAAACAUGCAUGGGAACCGAAGGGCCACGAGUGAUGCUGACAGAUCAAGAUCCUGCAAUGCCAGUAGCCCUCGAGAGGGUUUUCCCACACACAAUACAUCGUUUAUGUCUAUGGCAUGUGCAAAAUAGGUAUAUGCCUUUUCUAAACGAGUUGUAUGCAAGAUUUGAGGAAAUGGACUUUAAGACACGGUUUCAAUCUAUAAUACAUCAUCCUUUGACUGAGUUGGAGUUUGAGACUGCAUGGUCAAUGCUACUUGAAGAUUUUGAUCUGCACGAUAACAGUACUCUGGAUAAGCUGUAUGGAAUACGUAAGGAUUGGGUGCCUGCUUUUUUUAAAAAUCAUUAUUGUGGUCUAAUGUUGUCUACACAGCGUAGCGAAAGCAUGAACAGGCUUGUCAAAAGUGCACAUGUUGAUGCAAAUACUCCGCUUCAUCAAUUCGCCAAGCAAAUGAUGAAACUUCUACACAGUAGAAAGAUGAAAGAGUCAAAAGAAGCAGUGGGAAGCAUGGGUCAAAAGGAAACGAACACGCUAUACAUGUUUGAGAUAAGGGUUGCAAGAGCAUACACAAGGGCUGUGAUGUGUAGAUUCCAGGAAUCUUUGAAAUAUGCAACCGCAUUCAAGAUAACGCACGACGAAGAAGGGGGUGCAAAUGAUUGGAUUGACCGGAUACCGAAAGAAUAUAUUUUACAAAGAUACACCACCUCUGCAAGGCAAGAUGUUCCGUUUUCAAGAGAUGAUAGGAAUUUGAAGGGGAAGGAUGGAGAAACUAAGUCAUAUAGACAGAAGAUGUUGCUUAAAAAGGCAAUGAAAGUAGUGCAUCAUGCUAGUUUAUCCAAAGCAGGAAAUGAUAGAGCCCUAACAGUAAUGGAUGAGCUUCUCGAAGUACUUUCGCGUUUGGAAACAGAUAUAGAUGUUGAGGAAACUUGUGGAACUAGUGGAGGAGAUGGUAUACAGGACGAUGAUGAAGCCAAUAGAGACAACGAAAAGGAUGAUGAAUUUGAUGAAAGGAAUAACAAGGUUUGGAUCGUACUGUUGUUAAUGUUUAUUUGUAAAUGA